GCGCAUCCCGGGGCCGCCGACAAGAGGAGGGGAGAGGGGUCCUCGGAGGGACGGCGGCCCGGGGUCCUGUCACGGCUGCAGGGUCCCGGAUCCUCCGAGCCCAGGAGCGAGGUGGACGCGGCAGCAUGGACCAGCCGGGCCUGCUGGCUCCCACCCGGGAAGAGAGUGAAGUCAAGUACGACACUAACAACAACGAGGAAGAGGAGGGGGAACAGCUGGAUCUCGACAGCGGAGAUGAAGCUCCAGAAGCAGACAGACGGGCUCCGGGCGCCCCCGAGGCAGGGGACACGGGAGCAGACAGCCCCGCCGCCAGCACCGCCAUCCCCGCCACCGACACCGCGGCCGGGUCAGGACACGAAAAUGGGACGGGAGCGGACACAGAUACCCUGGCGGAACCACUGAGACCCGGGGUCCCGACGAGAGUCAACCCCUACUCCGUCAUCGACAUCACACCCCUCCAUGAGGACCAGCCGCCGCCGCCUCCAGACCCGGAGGCCGAGGGGGAGGGCGGGGGCCUGCACGUGCCCAGCGGGUACUCGGUGCCUGUGCCCUGCGGCUACGCCGUGCCCUCCGGCCUGCCCCUGCUGCUGCCCGCCUACUCCAGCCCCGUCCUCACCCCCGCGGGCCCCGCAGAGACACAGGAAGGAGUAGAAGACAGCCAGCUGGAUUCCUUGAGUUCUGAGGAUCCAACAAACAGUGAAGAUCCAGUCCAUAAGGAGGACAGUGCCCUCGCCCGGUGGGUUGCAGAUCCGGCCAAUACAGCCUGGAUGGAAAAUCCGGAAGAAGCCAUUUAUGAUGACGUGCCAAGAGAAAAUUCAGACUCUGAGCCAGAUGAAAUGAUUUAUGAUGAUGUUGAGAAUGGAGAUGGAGGUGGAAACAGCUCCCUGGAGUACGGGUGGAGUUCGAGCGAAUUUGAGAGCUACGAGGAGCAGAGCGACUCGGAGAGCAGAACCGGGGCCCCCCAGCCCUUCCUGCGCAGCGACCACAAAAAGCAACUGGACCCGUGUUCCCAGAUGCACCACCAGCAAUGCCGACAGAGGAGGCCAGGUGGCCCAGCAGCAGAGACGGUGGAGGGCCAGCCCCGGGCAGCCGUGAGUGCAGAGUCUUCACCAGGUCCAGCACGCAUCCGUCCUGUGGGGCAGCGUCCCGAGGGCAGCUCUAAGGAGUACCAAGUUUCCUGGUUUAAAAAGUCGUAUUUCAGAAGCUGCCAAAAUAACACCCUUUCCCAUGACCUAACCCGCUUAAAGGAGCACUAUGAGAAAAAGAUGAGACAUUUGGUGGCAAACGCGGUGGGCGCGGUAGAGAUUCAGCAGCUAAAGCACAAACAUGAACUGAAGAUGCAGAAGCUCGUGAAGGCCGCCAAGGAGGGCACCAAGGAUGGCCUGGAGAAGACGAAGGCUGUGGUGAAGCGGGGCCGCUCCUUCAUCAGGACCAAGUCCUUCGUCUCUGCAGACCACAGAUCCUGUCUUGAAGAGGAGCAGAACUUGUUCAUCGACGUAGACUGCAAGCACCCGGAAGCCAUCCUCACCCCGAUGCCCGAAGGCUUGUCUCAGCAGCAGGUCGUAAGAAGAUAUAUUCUGGGUUCGGUUGUCGACAGUGAAAAGAGCUACGUGGACGCUCUUACGAGGAUUUUGGAGCAAUACGAGAAGCCGCUGUCUGAGAUGGAACCCAAGAUCCUGAGCGAGAGGAAGCUGAAGACGGUCUUCUACCGGGUCAAGGAGGUCCUGCAGUGCCACUGCAUGUUCCAGAUCGCGCUGGCCAGCCGCGUGGCCGAGUGGGACUCGGUGGAGAUGAUCGGAGAUGUCUUCGUGGCCUCGUUUUCCAAGUCCAUGGUGCUGGAUGCUUACAGUGAAUACGUGAAUAAUUUUAGCACAGCUGUGGCAAUCCUUAAAAAAACGUGUGCUACAAAACCUGCUUUUCUUGAAUUUUUAAAGCAGUGCCAGGAGUCCAGCCCUGACCGCGUCACGCUGCACAGCCUGAUGACGAAGCCCAUCCAGAGGUUCCCGCAGUUCAUCCUGCUGCUCCAGGACAUGCUGAAGAACACGCCCCGAGGACACCCCGACCGGCUGCCCCUCCAGAUGGCGCUGACGGAGCUUGAGACACUGGCAGAGAAAUUAAACGAGAGGAAGAGGGACGCUGAUCAACGCUGCGAAAUCAAACAAAUAGCAAAAGCCAUAAACGAGCGGUACCUGAACAAGCUUCUCAGCAGCGGAAGUCGCUACCUCGUCCGCUCCGACGACGUGAUAGAAACCGUCUACAACGACCGGGGGGAGAUCGUGAAAACCAAGGAGCGCCGGCUCUUCAUGCUGAAUGACGUGCUCAUGUGCGCCACGGUCAGCGCCCGCACCUCUCAUGACAGCGGUGCCCUGACAUCGACCGGCCAGAGGUAUUUGUUGAAGUGGAGCGUCCCUCUCGGGCACGUGGAAGUGAUAGAAUACGGCGGCAGCGAGGGCUCGGGGGAGAGUGGCAGGGGUCCCGUGGUGCCCGCACCCGAGAGCCUGGCAGUGGUGGCCGGCACCAAGCCAAACAGAGUUUACAUGGGGCCGGGGCAGCUGUAUCAAGAUUUACAAAACUUGCUGCAUGACUUAAAUGUCAUCGGUCAAAUCACUCAACUGGUUGGAAACCUCAAAGGAAACUAUCAGAACUUGAACCAGUCGGUAGCCCACGACUGGACCUCGGGUUUACAGAGACUUAUUUUGAAGAAGGAAGAGGAGAUCAGAGCGGCCGACUGCUGUCGUAUCCAGUUACAGCUCCCGGGGAAGCAGGACAAGUCCGGCCGGCCAACUUUCUUCACCGCCGUGUUCAAUACCUUCACCGCCGCCAUCAAGGAGUCCUGGAUCAACAACCUGCAGAUGGCCAAGCUCGCCCUCGAGGAAGAGAACCACCUGGGCUGGUUCUACGUGGAGGACGACGGGAAUCAGAUCAAGAAGGAGAGGCACCCCCUCCUCGUGGGACACAUGCCCGUGACGGUGGCCAAGCAGCAGGAGUUCAAGAUCGAAUGUGCCGUUUAUAAUCCUGAGCCUUACCUAAAUAAUGAGAAUCAGCCAGACUCGUUUUCCACGGCUCAUGGUUUCCUGUGGAUCGGAAGCUGCACCAGUCAGAUGGGUCAGAUAGCCAUCGUCUCCUUUCAAAACUCCAGCCCCAAGGUCAUCGAGUGCUUCAACGUGGAGUCCCGCGUCCUGUGCAUGGUGUACGUGCCCGCAGAGGACAGGCCCCGGGAGCCCGAGAGCACGGGGGGCCGAGUGCUGGGCGUCCCCACCGUCUGCCUGGGGACGGAGGAGGGGAGCAUUUCCAUUUAUAAAAGCAGCCAAGGCUCCAAGAAGGUGCGGCUCCAGCACUUCUUCACUCCCGAGAAAUCCACGGUCAUGAGCUUGGCCUGCACGCCCCAGAGCCUGUACGCCGGCCUGGUCAACGGGGCCGUGGCCGUCUACGCCAGAGCGGACGAUGGAUCCUGGAAUUCCGAACCUCAAACAGUGAUAAAAUUAGGCGUCCUCCCAGUUCGAAGUCUGCUAAUGAUGGAAGACACACUGUGGGCGGCGUCUGGAGGUCAAGUGUCUGUAAUCAGUGUGGAGACUCACGCCGUGGAGAGCCAGCUGGAGGCCCACCAGGAGGAGGGCAUGGUGGUCUCACACAUGGCCAUUGCCGGCGUGGGCAUCUGGAUCGCCUUCACCUCGGGGUCCACGCUCCGCCUCUUCCACACGGAGACGCUCAAACAUCUCCAGGACAUCAACAUCGCCACCCCGGUCCACCAUAUGCUGCCAGGACACCAGCGGCUGUCUGUGACCAGCCUGCUCGUCUGCCACGGCCUGCUGAUGGUCGGCACCAGCCUGGGCGUCGUGGUGGCCCUGCCCGUCCCUCGUCUGCAGGGGAUCCCCAAGGUGACCGGACGAGGCCUGGUCUCCUACCACGCCCACAACGGGCCCGUCAAGUUCCUGGUCGUGGCCACAGCCGCCCCCAAGGCAGACAGAGACAAGCCCAGGGACAGCCCGCCCCCCGGUGCCGACCCCCAGGAUGAAGACCACAGGGACGCGCUCCCCGGUGAGGGGCCCGGGCCCUGCCCGAGCCGCAGCGGCCCCGACGCCAUCUGGCUGGGGGCUUCGCUGGGCUCCCUCGCCCAGGCCAGCGACGUCUCCUCCACUUCUGGGUCCCCGACGCCUUCCCAGGGCUCGGGCUCCCUGGGGCCCCGCUCAGAGGAGGGCUUCGUCCAGGACCCCCCGCGGCUCCCCUGCAGCUCCCCCGGCCGAGGGCGGCGGGCCAGGAAGGCCAAGGCCAGCUCCGUGCUGGUGGCCUGUGGGGGACAGGGCCACCGGCGGGUGAGCAGGAAGGCCAGGCAGCAGCGGCCAGAGGAGCUGGCCUCGUCCGUCAUGGUCUGGCAGAUUCCCCUGCUGAACGUGUGAGCCCAGGCCGAGAUCCGGGGGUGGCCUUUCGGCCGAGUCACACACCCCGAGCGGUCCCGCCGCAUCUGCGCUGGCUGGGGAUGAAUCGCCCACCGUUUCGGGGCCGAAAAGUGCAAUAUUGUCAAGGGGGCGUCUCCCUCCACCCCACGCAGGGGAGCCCCGUGUGGACGCGCAUGAGGAAGCGGGGUGGACGCCGCAUUUGAGUGGGUGGGGGUCCCGGGAGGAUGCUCCACCCCUGACCCCCGUGGUCCUUAAUAAACACGGGACGCUGCAGACCUGUUCUCGUAGCCUGUCACCUAGAGAACUCGCAGACUCAGAACUCACGGGGAAAUACAGCAUAUUCACUGGUGGGGGGGUUUAUUAACAAUUCUUAAAGUAAUUGUACUUGAUUCAGAUUCACUACUUUUAUUUAUAUUGUAUAUCUUUUAACUCCAGAAUAGAGUUUGUCACAAUGAAGAAAGCCAGGUGACACAUACCAGGCCGGGUGGUGUUAUAUGCUUUCUGAGUUGAACUGAGUUUUCCAAAGUGGUAUAAUGCGUGUACUGUAUAUUUUUAACAAAGUAGUAUUUUUAUAUCGCAUUUUUCUAUUAAAAAAAUUAACAAAGUUUUAGUCACUAUGUUAUCUGUAACAUUUCACAAAUAAUGUUUGCUUUGAACCAAAAUCCUCAAUGCCUAUCAACAUUUAGACUCAAGCGUCAAUGCCAAAAUAUCCACGUUGGACAUGUGUGUGUUUUAGUGUCUCAGGAGACGUAGAAGGUGUCUUGCUUGGUCCAUCCUUUCCUGCUGUGUUUGCAUCUGUCGACCAGGAACGCUUCUAGCUUUGAAUGCAUGUCCUGAAGGACGCACGGUGCCGGUCAGGGUGGGCGCCGGUGCUGGCGGCGGACACAGGACACAGGAAAGGUGGCCCUUGGUCGGCAGACUGGCACUUAGGGCCCCUUCUGCGGGCGUCGUGCACGAGUGAUCCGUGAGUUCGCUGUGCUCCACGUGUAGUUAUCUAUCAAUGUUCUACUUACUGGAUGGCUAAAACAAUGCAAGUCCACCCGAGAUUAAUGUCUCAGCACUUUACAGGUGAUUAAAAAUGCUAAUUUUAUGACUUUGCCAAAUAUUUUCCAAGGUGCAUAUGUGCCCCCAUGUGAAAGAAAUAUCUCCCCCAGGCUUCCUUAAACUAUUAGCUGCUAUCUUAUU